AUGCAAUCCAACAGCAGGGACCCGCUCGAUUGGACGGUCGAUGAGGUGGUGAACUUCUUAUGCCAUAAUCCCGACACACCAUGGUCCAUGUCAAACUCGACUGCACCGCGUCCGCCUGCUUCCUUCGAGGCUUCACUGAGAGAUAACUUCAUAACGGGCGAAGUGCUCUUGCAAGAUGUGGAAAAGGAAGCGUUGCGCGAUGACCUCGGACUGAAAGCUCUCGGGCAUCGAAGCUCUAUAAUGAUGGCAAUCCGAUAUCUUCAGAGAUUCUCACCCAAGUUUCAAGCUUCAAGAUCCGAUCGACCUGCUGCAAUUCCUCCGCCGUCCCCAAUGCCUCCUCCAACUCCACUACAACCUGCCGCCGAGUACCUAUCGACUGUCCAGCAAGCGACUCCAACCCACACUAAAGCUGUCAACGUCGAUGUUGCCCGCCAGAAUAGCUCUAGCCCCGCUGUCCCUGCUCAAGGGUUGUCCGGGGGUCUGUAUCAAAAGUCUGUGGAUCUGGGUCAAGAGGCAAUCGAGAACGUGAAGCGCAUUCGCCCCCGCUCCCACGAGCAACUUGUGGUUGACAACCACGGCAAUAAAAAACGCAGGCUCAAUUUGACUUCCACUGCGAAACCUACAAGCGACAAUGCAGCUUCUGUGCGGCCUAGUGAUAGUGAGCUGGAAAGCUGGUAUAUGGGUCCAAACGGCCUCACGGUGGAGCAAAUCUUCUAUGCCUCCGAUCCCGAAGGUGAUGACCAGACGUUCGCGUUCUUAUCCUCCAAACUCCCCACCGCCCAACGCACGUUUGUGAACAACCGACUCAAGUAUUAUUUUCAGCAGUCGCCUAUUGAACUAAGUUCAAACGAGAGCUCUUCCGAACAAGCUCUUAUUCCAUACAAGCCCUCAAUGUUGAAGUCCAGCAAGAACAAGUCCUUCACAUUAUACAACACGAAGCAGGGCAAGACGGAGGUAACUAAGGAAAGCAUGAGUGAUUGGCCACAGUUGAUGCGCGUGUUGAGGAUCGAGAAUGAUUCCGAGUCUCGGAGUAAAUCCCUAGGACCUUCUGAUCCAUUUUCCUAUCUGUUGCAAAAGUAUCCAGCCGAGGAAGGCCCAGAGCAUGCAUUACCCAUUUACGGAGACUCAGGUUCUGAAGGCGAAUUUGACGCGGAGACAUGGCAAGAAAUGGAGGAGGAACAGGAUGAGCCCAUGCUUCCGCGGCACAGAAGACUUGGUCCGGCUGAGAUUGAUUCUAUCAUCAAGGAUUGUAUCACUCAGUUUGAAACCAAGUGGCGUGACAGCCAUCAGGCAAAGGAGGAGUACAAAGCACGAAAACUCUGGCUAGCUACCAGAAGGAGCAAUCGUGUUAACCAAGAGGUCAAAUCAUUAACAAAGGACAUUGCAUUACUGGAGCUCCGCUUGAACAAGCUGCAAGAUGAGAUUGGCAGAAACGAAUAUAGUAUAGAGGCAGAACUGCGGGCUCAGUGCCAGUGCUUGGAGCAAACUAUAUUCAACAUUCAGAAGCAAAAAUGGCGUACUUCGGUACUGGAACAAGAAGAGUGCCCGAAAAAGGUCCCUGCUCCCCCCAAGCGCCGAUAUUCGCCAAAAGCCAAAUCUGGAGACGAGGAAUCAUUGCAUUCAGAAUCCGAUUUCAGUGAGAACGACUCUCUUGAUGAUUUUGUGAUGGUUGACACUGGCCCAUUUGAAUCAAUACAAGAUCCAGAUGAAAAUUCUCCUGCGAGCCCCUUGUCCUCUGAAGGCGACGAUGAUAUCAUCAGUGUCUCUGGCACGAGGCGCCGAACAAGAGGUUUAGCGCCCAAAGUUUUCGCGUCAAGCAGCCCUUCUCCUUCUCUUUCCACUCCUCGCCCUCGCUCAUUUGGCGGAAAGCCAGAGGUGAUUGAUCUUACAGAGGAGACGCCCGAACCAGACGAGUUUAUGAUAAAGACGCCUCCUCUUAAUCCAGCCGGGGCCACCACGUCCAAUUUUCCUGACACUGGUAUGUCAGACUCAUCAAUGUCUCCCCCACCAAGCCUUGGCUCAGUGGAGGGCAGUGUCCAGGUGAAGACAGAAAGCGGUUCACGUCCUUCACUCCCUGACAUAACUGACAUGGACAGCAUUAUGUCAAUGGACUGGAGGCUGCUUGAAGAGCGUAAAGAUCGUCUGAGAUUACUUGCGAAGCUGAUUGGUGGUCUCAGUGACGAGGAAAGAAAGACGAUGGCGGAACAAAUCCCAGAGUAUGCAUUUACGAAGCUCAAAUCAAAGGUGCAGAAAGCCCUGAAAGCUCUAAUCAAGAGCAAGAAGGAAGUGGAGGGGAUGGCCAUUUCUGAGGGUACUCUAAUGUUGCGAACAUCGUCCUUUUUUAUAGCAUGGCUUGACUGCGCACGGUGUGAUGUUGAGGGCAUCAAAAGAAAGCGUGUCGAGGCAGCCCUGGAAGACUUAAAGUUGAAAAAAGGUGGAUUUGAUACCUACUAUGAGGAGCUCAUCAGACGACUGGAGUGCUGCCGCACGUGGCGGUAUGACACAGAAGUCGGCACAGACCAGGAGCUCGAGACUGAGAACACGCCUCAUAAGAAGCGAAAAAGAGUCGUGCAGGAGAGUCAACAGGCCAAAGCAAACCAGGCAAGUGCGAAGUCCCGUAUGAAAAAACAAGAACAGCAGAAAAAGAGGCUCGAGAAGGAGUUCCAGAGCAAGGGUAUCAGAAACGAUAACCCUGACCAUCAGGCCGUCAGCUUCAAGGAGCCACCCAUAUACCUGCAUUCCCAUAUUGGUGAAUCUGUAAAACCUCAUCAGUUGGGAGGCAUUCAAUUUAUGUGGCGGGAGCUGGUUGAAAACAAGAAACAAGAGGGUUGUCUGUUGGCCCACACAAUGGGGUUGGGGAAAACAAUGCAGGUCAUUUCCCUACUCGUAACCAUAACAGCGGCCGCCAUGUCCCCUGAUCCCAAAGUACGACAACAGGUCCCUAAAGAAUUUCGCCCUACAGAAGAUCUUCCUCAGGCCCGAACUCUGAUCAUUUGCCCGUCGUCCUUGAUCGAGAAUUGGCAAGAUGAAUUCGAUCUAUGGAUGCCUAGGGAUAUCGCUCUCACGGUGAGACGGAUCUCCGCAGAAAACGGAAUGCAUGAGCGCGUGCGAGAAGUAUCCACAUGGUACACGGACGGCGGAGUUCUUCUCAUAUCUUACGAUAUAUUCCGGAUAUUGGUCUUGAACUCGGGGACAGCCAAGAGAGGCCCGCCGCUGUCAGAGCCCGUCCACCAAAAAGUCAGGAACUGGCUUUUGGAAGGACCUAGUAUCAUAAUCGCUGACGAGGCCCAUAAAAUCAAGAAUCGAAACUCCAAAGCGUCUCAGGCUGCAUUGCAGCUCCGUUCCAAGAGUCGCAUUGCAUUGACAGGAUCUCCGCUGGCGAAUCAUCUUGGCGAGUAUUAUACUAUGGUCAACUGGAUUGCUGAAGGUUACCUUGGGGAAGCAAACGAGUUCAAGGCGAACUACAUCGAGCCUAUCAGAGAAGGGCUGUAUGCCGAUAGUACCUAUGGUGAAAAGCGAAAGUCUCUAAUGAAGCUCCAAGUCCUCAAGAAGAUCCUGGAGCCCAAGAUCAACCGGGCGGACAUCACAGUUCUUGAGGGGGAUUUGCCACCGAAAGUCGAAUUUGUCCUGACUGUCCCUCUUACCAGAAUACAGGAGGAAGCGUAUAAUGCGUAUGCCGCAUUUCUUUUGCAAGGACGAAUGGAAGAGGUUGCGCAGACCACGCUAUGGUCAUGGCUCGCUUUUCUGAGCAUGUGCUGUAACCACCCCGCGUGUUUUCGGGAGAAGCUCAAUCGGGCACAGGCUGCCAGCGAAAACGCAAAGUCCCCCUCAAGAACCCAUGAUGUCGACCAGGAAAGGUUUUCAGAAGAGCUCGAUGAAGAGCUCCUCGAAGUGGCUAAAAUCCCGAAUCUAGCGGAGCAUGUAUCAGAACAGCGUCGCCGUUUUGAUCAGAUCCAUGACUUGAUGGCUGUGGAUCUAUCGGUCCGCGCAGAAAUUACGAAAAGGAUCAUCGACGAGUCUAUUAGAACAGGUGAUAAGGUUCUUGUCUUUUCGCACAGUGUACCGACCCUGAAUUACCUUGAAUACCUCAUGAGAAUCAGCGAUCACCGGUACUCGCGCUUAGACGGUCAGACGCCUGUUGCUCAAAGGCAAGCAGCCAUAAAGGAGUUCAAUCGUGGCGACAAGCAGGUAUACCUUAUUUCGACAAAAGCAGGUGGACUUGGCCUGAAUAUCACAGGUGCGAAUCGCGUUAUCAUUUUCGACUUCCUCUUCAAUCCAAUCUGGGAAGAGCAGGCAGUUGGACGUGCAUAUCGCUUAGGACAAACAAAACCUGUAUUUGUAUACAGAUUUGUUGCCGGCGGGACAUAUCAGGAGAUCGUCCAUGACAAGACUACCUUCAAGACAGAGCUCUCCGCCCGCGUUGUGGAUUCAAAGAAUGUAAUCCGAUCUUCGAUGAAGAAGCCUGGCGAUUAUUUUUUCCCAGCGAAACCCGUUGCCCAACGGGAUAUCUCGGAGUACAUCGGCAAAGACAAGGAGGUCUUGGACAAGAUCCUUCACGAGGAUGAGAAGAAAAGCGCGGAACAGAAAUUGAUCCGUGACAUCAAACUUACCCAGACAUUCUUCAUCGAGGACAACGACAAGCUCACGGAAGAGGAAAAGAAGAGCGUUCGGGAGGCACUUGAUGAUGAAAUUCUCCGCCGCGACGACCCCAAUGCGUAUUAUAAGAAAAUUCAGGAGAGACAAUUACGGGUGAUACAACAACAACAUCAAGCUCUUCCCCCUUAUCCUCAUCCAUUCCCACUCUCAAUCGGUCAAAAUCUUCACCAACCACAGAUUCCAUCAAAUGCGCCCAGCGACGUCCCUCCAGCUACUACCAUACAUCAUGCAGUUCAACAAGGUUUGCAGCCAGCAGUGCCACCAGUCGCUCAUAACACUGGUCCGCCUGCUCUUGCGCCUGAUACUAUCUCAGUGUCGGAUAGUCAGGGGCCAAACGAUAAAGCUCAACUGGAUCUUCCUCCUGGUGCGGCAAUCCCGCAACCGAAAGCACCGCCAGGGGCAAAAGUUUCAGCCAUCGCAAACGUCCGGGAAGCGCUUCGCAAUGCAACUCGUCCGCAAAUUCCUACAAGUAGGGAUGGGUCAGAGCCAUUGAGGCAAAUCUCUCCUGCCGUCAAUGCCCCCAGGCCAGAUACCGGGAACCAGCAAGGAACUUCACCCAAAGGUCAAUCCGUACCGCUUCACCUCAAGGAGUCCGCGCCCGAAGCCUCUGUACCUUCUGAGCAAGGAGCGUCGAGUGCGGAGUAA